AUGCCGGGUAUCUUGGCCAGCGACAUCCUGGCCAUCGUGUGGGUCUCGGGCUACGCGGGCCCCGCCGCCGCCGCCGCCUCCCUCGAGACGGUGUGCCUGGCCGUGUGCAACGCCUGCCGAGAGCAGACCCCGUGGGCCCUGCGCGCCGCGCCGGGCAUGCCGCCCUGGCUGCUGUCCUGGCACCUCCGCGGUGGGGACCGCUUGCUGCUCCAGCGAUCCGCCCAGCGGGGCCGGGGUGACGGCGACGGCGGCGGCGGGGACGGAGAUCAAGACCGCGGCUGGGUCGGUCACACGGCCUUGCCGGCCGUCACGACCGCGGCGACGCGGGAGGGCGGGGGGCGGGGGGCCGCCGCCGCAACCACCGUCAACGGCAAGGCCGGCGUCAUUGUUGUGCGGGCGGGGGUGGAAGAAGAUAGAGAUGGGCUGGACACACCGCCGCCGGGGGGUGGUGGGGCGGCGACGGCGGCGGCGAAGGCGGCGGCGCGGGCUACAACUACACACGCGGCGGUGGCGGCGGCGGCGGCGGCCUCCAGGCUGUCCCCUCGUGCCAACAUCCAACGGGUCGUGGUCGGCCUAGGCCUUAGCCUGGACGGCGUCGUGUGGCCGGCGCGACUGACGGCGCUGGAGAUGGGCGAGGAGGAGGUUGUUGUUGCUGCAGCUCGGAGCAGCAGCCCGCCCGAUGACGAUUCGGUCGCAGGCCCCAGUAACCUCGAGAAUCGGCCCUCGCGCCGCGGCGGCGGCGGCGGCGGGUGCUGCCCGCUCCGACCCUCGCAGCAGAAAAAGAAGCCCGGCGGGUCUGCUGUGAUCACUGCCUCGGAGCCGGCCACCAUCGGCGCCGCCACCGCUGCCGCCACGGCAAGGUUUUGGGCGGGAAAACCACCGGGCUCUUGCUUCGACACCCCCCUCCGCGAAGUAUCCCUACCCCCGACCCUGCUGCACCUGGAGCUGCUGGGCCCCUUCAACGAUCCCCUUGAGGGGAUCGCCUGGCCUCCUUCUUUGGAAACACUGGUGCUGGGAGACCUCUUCAACGGUACCCUGGGCGACGGUGUUGUGCUUCCCCGCGGUCUCAAGUCGUUGACCCUCGGGAGCGCUUUCGACCGGAGCCUGGACGCGGUGGCGUGGCCGCCGGGUUUGGUUCAUCUGCAGCUGGGGCACUCGUUCAACCAGGACAUUGGCGAAGGUCCGUUGGCCUUCCACCAUAAGCGAGAUCUGUUUCGGCGACCUGUUCCGCAGGCCUAUAACGGGGGUAGUCUGGCCGGAAGGCCUCAAGCACCUUACGUUCGGGCACCUCUUUCGGCAGGCGUCACUUUCCCGACCGGGCUGGAAGACCUCAAGUUCGGCGGGUACUACAACUGCAGCCUUGAUAGCGCGGAGCUCCCGGAAGGGCUGAGAUCGCUCGACCUGGGCAGGUCUUUCAAUCAGCCGAUUGAGAGGACCCGGUGGCCGCAGGGGCUCCGUAGAAUCAUUUUCGGGGACUCUUUCAACCAGCCGGUGGAGGCAGUUCGCUGGCCGGGCUCGCUGAGGGUGCUUCAGUUCGGAUCGAGUUUCAACCAAGAGAUCGAGAAAUCAAGGUGGCCGGCCUCCCUCGAGCACCUCACGUUCCGCCAGCGCUUCGACCGCAACGUGGAGCUAGUGAAGUGGCCUCCCAACCUAAGGGUCCUCGAGUUCGGCACCUGCUUCGACAAGCCGAUCGAGGGGGUCACGUGGCCGCCCAGGCUCGAGAGGCUCGUGCUGGGACACUACUUCAGCCAACCAGUGCAGCUGCUCAAGCUUCCUCCUUCGCUGCAACGGCUGGCAUUCAGCAGCGUCUUCGACAAGCCGGAUAGGCUGGAGAGCGUGGACCUGGUCGGGGCUAACCAUCGGCGCCUGGUUGUCGUUGGUCGCCCAGGCGGUCCGAAGGCGAGGGGGUGA